GGAGCGUUCUUGUUACGUUUUGCUUGUUAGUAUUGCUCAAACGAUCGACAAAAACACGGUUCGCUUUAAAGUAUCUAGUGAAACAGUGAUAAAUCAUUUUAUUAGUAAGAUUAGUGCUGAUUUCAUUUUAACAGUGAUACACAGUGGCAGAUUUAAAAAGGACGUGAUAGGAUUUUGUUAAUAGAAAAUAGUUUAAACGUUUAUCUCAAUUACAUCCAUCUCUGAAAUGAGUAAAUCAAAUAAUGUCUUGUGAAAAUAAUUGAUCAACAAAUAUUUUUUUAUUAAAUUUGCUCAGUAUAGUAUAAUAACUGUGUAUUUAGUUAAUUAAAUCAUGAGCUGUCAGAAAAGAACGUACAGUGAAAUCGUUGUAAAUAAAGACAAUUUCUUAGUGUAUUGUACACUAAUUUUAAGUUUAAAGUUGGUUCUGGGCAACGACUUUAGCAGUCCUCCUACCACAGUAAAAGCUAUAGAAAAUAAUACUGUUCUAUUACCCUGUUAUUUAAACACGCUGUCAAAUGAUGAGGCUUAUGCCGUGGCAGUUAGAUGGUACAAAGGAGAAGAUCUACUUGGAGAUAGUGGUAAUGAAACAGUAAUAUUGCCAGAAAGGCACAUUUUAUGGGAUAAUGGAUCGUUAGAAAUCAGAACGGUUCAACCUCCUGAUACAGGAGAAUAUACUUGCGAAGUUAUAAGACCUGAACCAUGGGGUGCCGUAAAACAACGCCAUGCUAUUGAAGUUUUACAUCCCCCAUCGGUGGAGCCAUUCCCCUUAACGGGGUUCUUACAAGUAAAAUUAGGGGAAGAAGUACGAAUGUCUUGCAAAGCUGAUGGAGUCCCUUAUCCAUUAAUUACAUGGACCAGGAAGGGUGAAGAGUUAAAACUAUUAGAUCAUAGAGAACUACUGAUAUUCACUGGAUCUGAUAGAUACCUGGCAGGAGAGUACGAGUGCAUCGCCGCAAAUGGAGUAGGAGAACCAGCUAGAGCUAAAAUCCAGCUUAGUAUUAUUUAUCCGCCAGAAAUAAUGACACUGCGUUCGUGGAUACAUACUGCUCCAGGACAUAGAGCUCAAAUAGAAUGUCGAGUAUCUGCUGAUCCUCAAGCGAUAGUGACAUGGUUAAAAGGAGACGUAGUAGUUCCUUUGGACAACAGGGUAGUGUCGAUAAUAGACGGAGAUAAGCAUAUACUCUUAAUCCGUAACGUGCAAAGAAGUGACUUUGGAAUCUACACUUGUAGAGCUAUAAACGAAUUGGGCCAAGGCGAAGUCCAUAUUCAAUUAUCUGGUGUGCCCAAUCCAGGAGUAUUUAAAAGAGCCGAUAAUAAUCUAGAUUCAGAUAAAACUACAUACACUCUUAUUUGGGAAGUUGACAGUUAUACCCCUAUAAUAGAAUAUUCCCUCUGGUUUCGACCGUACAGAACUGGAAGAGGUUUAAAUCGACCCGAUUGGACCAAACUGACUAUUCCAACGGAACACAAUUCCGGACCGGUAUACUCCAAAAGCUUUACUUUAAAAGGUCUAAAAGAAAAGACAAUAUAUGAAGUACUGUUGGUAUCGAGGAAUCGAUAUGGCUGGUCGAAACCCAGUCCCAUAUUGAGAUUUGCAUCGCCAGGAGCAACUUUAAACCAGGAUAUGAUUACUACGGUUCAAAUUGGUACUCAAGAAAACUCAAUACCAUUAGAUUUCAGAAUCUCGUCCGCUGGAUCACAAAAUAUCCUCAAUAUUGGUAGUUUAUUUAUUGUAGUAUGGUUCCUAUUCAAAAUAAAAUAACAUGUAUAUUUUU